AUGAUUAAGCCUAGGCUCCGACCAGGGGUAGUGUCCGCUUUUCGAGCUCCCCAGCCAGCAAGGCGCUUUGCGACAGAAGCGCGGUUAACUUCGGACCAUGUCCGCAUCGUUGAAGUAGGACCUCGCGAUGGACUCCAGAACGAGAAGAAGUCCAUUCCGCUCGAGACAAAGCUUCAACUCAUAGAGAAGCUUGCGAAGACUGGUGUAACAACAAUUGAGGCAGGUUCUUUCGUGCCUGCAAAAUGGGUUCCUCAGAUGGCGAGCACUGCAGAGAUAUGCGAGCACCUCUUACAAACCCCUCCUCCAUCCAAGCACACCAUUGCGUACAACUACCUUGUUCCCAAUGUCAAGGGGCUGGAAGGCCUCAUCAAGGUCAUGGACGCCACUGGUGUUCCAGCUAGCACAGAAGCAUCUGAAACAAAGUCUCCGACGACGACAGAGAUUUCUCUCUUUGCUGCAGCUACAGAGGCCUUCUCCAAGGCGAACACCAACUGCACCAUCCAGGAAUCGUUGGAGCGCAUUCGCCCCAUUGUAGCUCUUGCCAAAACAAAGGAUAUUCGUGUUCGCGGAUACGUUUCAGUUGCGUUAGGCUGCCCCUAUGAAGGUCCAGAAGUCUCCCCAUCCAAGGUAGCCGAUAUCACCGCGACUUUACUUGAGAUGGGGGCGGAUGAAGUGUCGGUGGCCGAUACCACCGGAAUGGGAACUGCGCCCCGCACAAUGGAGCUUCUCCAGGCUUUGAAGGCUGCGGGUAUCGCCAACACCGAUUUGGCUCUCCAUUUCCACGAUACAUAUGGACAGGCGUUGGUGAAUACUAUUGUAGGGCUGGAACAUGGGAUUCGGAUUUUUGACAGCAGUGUUGGCGGGCUUGGUGGUUGCCCAUACUCCAAAGGCGCGACAGGCAACGUCUCCACGGAAGAUCUCAUCCACACUAUUCAUGGCCUAGGAAUGCACACUGGAAUCGAUCUCGAGGAGAUGUCGAGAAUUGGAGCUUGGAUCAGUGGUGAGCUUGGACGGUCGAACGAUAGCAGGGCAGGAAAGGCAACGGUUGCGAGGCUGCAAUCAUAA